AUGGCGGCAGCUGGAGAUCGCAUAAAGAUGGAGUGUGAUAAGUGCGGGUACAAGAGUGUGCCGCAAUGGCUCAAUGACAAAGCCCACUGCUUGAAAUGUCAAGCAGUGCUGCGCACCAGAGGCUCCUGCCACGAGGCCAAGCGGGAGGUGUUUGGAGCCGAGGCUAACGGCGAGAACAGGCGAGAGCCAGGAGAAGCGAGCACGUUCAAGCAUGGCCCGUCUAGCGCCAUGGAGUCCAGCUCUGGCGCAUGUUCUAAGUCACCAAACGGAGUCCAUCAUUGGAAGUACGGCAAAUGCAAUUACUGCCAAGCAGCUGAAGGAAAAUUGGCCAAGGGGCCAGGUGUCAUGGCCAACCCCGGUGGCGGAGCUGAGUGCGACAGAGGUGGAAAGUGUAUGUUCAAGUUUGCCAAGUGCACGAAGUGUGGCCGGCCCGAGCUCGGUGGCAAGGAUGUGAGAAGGCCAAGUCAUGAAGCUGCGGUGGUCAAGGAAAUAUCUUCUGAGGCCAAGGCUUCUCCGAAAGUCUCUCCAAAAGCCUCUCCACAAAACAGUCCGAGGCCCCAAAGCCCUCUUCUUGGUGCUGCCGGUGCCACUCUCCUCAAGUCUGGCAGCAAGGAAGAAGUGGAGCGAAAAGUUUCAAAGGAGUCACAGGUAGGGCGAGAACGAGAUGAGCGUACGCGAGUGGAGUGCCAUGUUUGUGGAUACAAGUCCGUUCCGCAAUGGUUGAACGACAAAGCCCACUGCCUGAAAUGCGAUGCCGUGCUCAAGACCCAGUCUACCAUCCACGGUGGAGCCGCCGUGCCAGAGAACAUGCAAAAGGACUUGGGUGCCAGCCGUGCUCCUGGGGAAGCGAGCACUUACAAGCAAUCGCCGAGCAGCGCCAUGGAGUCUUCCUCUGGAAGCUGUUCAAAGUCUCCGGACGGUGUGCAUCACUGGAAGUAUGGAAAGUGCAAUUUCUGCCAAGCUGCCGAAGGCAAGCUCAUCAAGGGCUCUGGCGCUCUGGCCAACCCGGGCGGAACCAGCACUUGCAGCAAAGAUGGUGGAAAGUGCAUGUUCAAGUUCUCCAAGUGCACGAAAUGCGGAAGAAAGGAGUUCUAA